AUGCCUGGGUUCGAUAGACUCAGCGAAUUACCAGAAUCUUUGAUCACUCAAAUACUCUUAUGCCUUCCGACCAAAGAUUCGGCGAAGACGAGUGUUUUAUCGACCAGAUGGAAGAAUCUAUGGCUUAAUGUUCCAGGACUUGACUUAAACCGCCAGGACUUCCGUAAUGUAGACAAACAAGUGUUCAUCAACAUCAUCGACAGGUUCCUCGAGUUUAACCCUGAGUCACGCCUGGAAAAAUUCAAGGUGAAUUACAGUAGCCGUGAGAUAAUCGGGUUCAAGGACCGGAUCAGUAGUGCGAUUAACCGGGGAAUCCGACUUCUUGAUGUCGUGAGCAGUACGCAACGUCGGAAUGAUGAUGGCUCUUUGAAUCCUUAUAUCGAGUUCAUGCCUCUGAAUCUAUUUACCAGCAAGACUUUGGUUUCUUUAAAGCUCUUGUAUUCGGUUCUUGAGGAUCCGGGUUUUGUUUCUAUGCCUUGUGUUAAGUUUAUGAUUCUUCAUAAAGUUAGAUGGUCUGGUACUAUGAAUCCUGAGAAGCUCGUGUCUGGAUGUCCUGGUCUUGAAGAACUGACCUUGAUAAGGGAUAUGGAUGAGGAUAAAUUGGUGGUUGCGGGUGUGAGAUCUGGGAGCCUGAAGAGGUUUAAUGUUCCCUCUGCGCAUGAACCUCCUCGUAGAUCAAGAUUCCCAAACACACUGCUUGAGAUUGAUGCUCCAGGACUAGAGUAUAUGGCUCUCAAACAAGACCAAUUCGGCAGAUUCCUAGUAAAGAACCUGACUUCUUUAGUCAUGGUUGACCUUGAUAUCAAGUUUAUUGUCACGUAUGAUAUGAGUUUCGAUACAAAGGACUUGUCCAAGAGAAAUGAAAUCGGUGAUUUUCUUACUGGGAUAUCUAGAGCAAGACAUAUGAUCAUCUCUGAGAAAACAGUGACGGCCCUUGAUCGUUACUCAAAAGUUGGAACGAUUCCCAAAUUCAAUAACAUAUCACGUUUACAGGCUGUGUUCCCAAGCUCCUUGUUAUCGGUUUUGCCAGCUUUUCUUGAGAAUUUCCCGAAUCUGAAAAACUUAAGCUUGAAAAUUUAUUUUGCAAAGGAGGAGAUGGAGAAGAGAAAACUCGUAGACGUGCCUCAGUGUUUGGUAUCGACUCUCGAGUGUGUUGAGAUAAAAAGAUUGUUCGAAUGGGAGGAAGAGGAGAUGAAAAUAGCGAGUUACUUUCUUGAAAACUCAGCAGUCCUCAAGAAACUCAUUGUGAGUUUCGUCAUGGACUAUCCUCGUCGAUAUGCUUCGAAUUCGGAAGUCUACGAGGAGCUUAAUAAACUCACAAAACUGUCUCGAAGAUGUCGAAUUAUCAUUGAAGAAGAAGAACCGGCGGAGUGACUCAUCUAUGGAGCUUUAGCAAUUUUUUUAAGAUCACUUUUUAUUUUUUUUU